GCACUGGGCAACAUGGGAUUCAAGAUCAGACAACUUUUCAGAAGAGACCGGCACAAGAAAUCAGGAAAACAUACUGACCCACAACCAGAUACUGAUAAAUCCAAUGCGACUGUGGCAUCCCCUGAGACCAAUUUGUCAUCUGUUAGCGCUGGAGCCAACUCUGCGAUUGAAGACCGCCAAAAUGAACCCCAGCCAAGCUCGCAAGAUCUGUGGCAAACUGCCUUUGCCAAAUUAAAUCCCGAUGAUCAACGCAAGCUGGUGCUUCUCGAUACGCGUGACGAGAACAGUCCCGACCCUCAGAUGGCGGACUUGGUACAUACUGUUAUAGAGACGACCAAAAAGCGGUACGACGAAUAUCAAAGGAAAGGGCUCAAGAUUAAACGGCCAAAGGGAGAAGAUAUCAACGUUCGAGAUUCUGCUCUCAAGAUAGUCAGCGCGACAUUAUCCUUCCAAGAUAUUAUCGGUGCUGCUGUUGGCUGUGACCCCACUGGGUAUGCAGGAAAAGUCUGGGGCAUUAUAUCAGUGGGAUUAACCAUGAUACAAAAUCAUCAGGAUCUACAAGCUUCAAUUUUCCAAGCAUCAGAGCUUCUCACGGAUGUGCUGAGUCGGUGUGCUUUCAUUGAGAGACAGUGCCUAAAGAGUAACAGCACUAAUCAAGAGACAAAAGACAUGUUGCGCAACGCCAUAGUUCGUGUUUAUUUUGCUGUAUUGCGAUACUCAUCUAGCGUUGUUUCAAUCCAGUGCUCGGGUGCUGGACGGCGGUUUCGCCUUAGCGCUAUAGCUUUAACUGACCAGCCUUUGACCGCGCUUAAAACCGCUAUUGGAGAGGAGGAGAAGCACUUGGAACGAUGGGUUCAGUUUGAUCAACAAUUGCUCUGGAAACAAAGAGCGGAGCAAACACUUGCUCAGAUUGACAACGUGUUGAGCGGUAUUCAAGACAUUAGCCGGGAGAUGGAACUCUGCAAAUUAACCAUUGCUGAAGGAGCUGCAUUUGACUCAUACACGAACCAGCAUGAAGUAGAGUGUCUCCCAGGAACCAGAACAGACCUUCUUAAGCAGGUGACGGACUGGUCACUCUCAACUCAAGGAGAAUGCAUCUUUUGGCUAAAUGGGAUGGCAGGAACAGGAAAGUCAACUGUUUCACGUACUGUUUGCAAAUUACUGCAAGAACAGGGACUUUUGGGGGCCAGUUUCUUCUUCAAGAGAGGGAAGUCGGAUUGUGGCAGCGCAGAGAAGUUUUUUGCAACGAUAGUUCGGCAAAUCAUUGUUCAGGAACCUCGUCUUAUACCCAGUAUCCGAAGAGCAAUCCAGAGAGAUCCUUCUAUAUCGACAAAGUCCUUAGGAGAGCAGUUUAACAAGCUGUUACUUGAGCCAUUAUUAGCAGUCAAACAUGAUCCGGCGGGAACCUCCUUUCUAGUUGUCGUGGUUGACGCGCUAGAUGAAUGCGACCCAGAAAAUGAUAUUGGGCUUCUACUUCGUCUUCUUCCUAUGGUUUCAACUCAAAGUUCGAUUCGCAUCCGCGUUUUUCUCACUAGCCGCCCCGAGAUUCCAAUCCGCGAGGGAUUCGAUAACGUUUCGGGAGAUAACCAUCGGACAAUUGGUCUCCAUGAGAUUGUGGAAUCUUCCAUCAAGCAUGACAUACUUCUGUUCAUGAAUGAUAGAUUUGAAGAGAUGAGGCGAAAACUAUCGCUUCCUAAAGGAUGGCCAGGGGAAAAGACAAUCCAGGAUUUGGUCAACAUGGCUAGUCCAUUAUUCAUUUCUGCUGCUACCAUGUGCCGCUUUAUUGCAGAUAGGAGGUGGAACCCAGAAAAGCGCCUAGCUCUGGUUCUCGGUUCAGGAAGUACCGAGAAUGCGUCCACAAGUCAUAUCUCGAAGCUGGAACACACAUACCUUCCCGUAUUUGAGCAAAUCCUCCAUAGUGGGGAUGACGACGAAGAUGACGACGAGAAAGCGCAGCUGGUUCAAGAAUAUCGAGUGAUUGUAGGGACAAUCAUCAUUCUUGCGAACCCGCUCGCCCUCACGUCAUUGGCAAAACUCCUGAAUGUCCCGAGUAGCGACGUGAGCCGUAGAUUGGAUUUCCUUCAUUCAGUCUUAAGUAUCCCUGACGAUGAGGGGACGCCUAUACAGCUUUUCCACCAGUCAUUUCGGGAUUUCCUCCUUCAUCCAAAAGUCCGUACGAAGACCGAGUUCUGGAUUGAUGAGGAGCAUAUACAUAAGGAAACUCUAUUCAGAUGCAUCGAGGUGAUGGCCCGACAGAAAGGUGGGCUGUCAAAAAAUAUUUGUCAACUAUCGAGCGACGCGGCGUCACGAAGUGAUAUAAGCGAUGAGACUAUCCGAGACUAUCUUCCAGCUGAGCUCCAGUACUCGUGCCAUCACUGGAUCUAUCACCUACAGCGGGGAAAAUAUCAAAUUACGGAUCACGACGAGAUCCACAAAUUUGUUCAAAAACAUUUUCUUCACUGGCUGGAAGCCAUGAGUGUUUUAGGCCUGGCACAAGAGAUUGUGAGUGGUAUCAAAACAUUACAGUCAGCAGUGCAACCUCCCUCCGGGCAUAUAGUGUCGAAAUUCUUUUAUGAUGCAAACCGGUUUAUUUUGAAGAAUUCUUGGGUUAUUAACAAUGCACCUCUUCAGCUCUACGCUGCCGCCCUGGCAUUUGCCCCAACAAACUCAGUUGUGCGGAAUAUCUUCGAAAGCGAGCUACCUAGGCGCUUUCCAAAGCUACCUAAAGUGGAAGAGGAUUGGAAUGCACAACUUCUGACCCUCGACAUAAAGGAUGUGGACACUGUGGUAUUCUCCCCAGACAGUAGACUGAUCGCCUCUGCCACUCUGGGUAAACCGGUCAAGUUGUGGGAUUCAGUUACGGGGCUGUUGCUCCAUACUCUGGACCAGGUCUUCUAUACUAGUGGUAUGACAUUCUCACCAAACGGUACUCAUGUUGCAUGUAGCUCUUGGGAUGAUACAAUCCAAGAUCACACAGUCCAGUUGUGGGAUAUAGAUACGGGGGCUCUGUACAAGUCCUUUACGCAACUUACCUCUCCAGUGCUCUCGCUGGCUUUCUCACCGGAUAAUAAGCUAUUGGCCUCGGCUUCCUCUGAUGAUACAAUCUAUAUUUGUGAUCUCACCAGUGAUAUAGUAAUCCGAGCACUGGAAGGCCAUUCCCACAGAGUGAACACAUUGGCUAUAUCCCCGGACGGCAAACUAAUAGCAUCUGGAUCAAAUGACGAAUCCGUAAGGAUUUGGGAAUUGGACACGGGAGCUUUACUGCAGACGUUCGAGCAUAGCGGGUCUGUUAGAUCAGUCGGGUUCUCCCCAAACAAUGAGCUUAUGGCAUCCGUCCCCGGCGAUAGAGAAAUUUGGAUAUGGGAUGCAGGCACAGGUGAACUGCAGCAGAAGGUCGGCUUUGAUCGGAUAGAAUCGUCUAUUUUCUCACCAGAACGUAUACUUGAAGCCACGGGGUUUAAUCGCGCCCGGUUAUCGGACAGGAUUCUGAGCACAUUAUUUCACAGGUUUGAUGUGAGUAGCCGCGACUCCUGGAAACUAGCAGUUUCUCCGAACAGUGACCUACUCGUAUCAUGCUCCGAUGAUGGACGUGUACAGCUGUGUGACACAAGGAUCGCUGCAACAAAUUCUACUAUACAGGCCCAUUCGCAUGAAGUUACUGCGAUACAGCUAUCUCCUGAUAGCAAGUUCCUUGGUUCAGUCUCCUCUGAUCAUAAAGUUCUACUGUGGGAUGCUACUACAGGUCUUCUGCUUCACACUCUCAACGACUAUUCAGGGAAAUCCGGGACCUUUUCCUUCUCACCUGACAGCAAAUUAGUGGCGUUUCGCCCGCAGUCGAACAGUACAUGUAUUCAGCUAUGGAACGUGGAAACAGGUCAGCUGCAUCGCACGCUUGAGGACCACCUGGAUUCAGUUGACCGCGUGAUGUUUUCUCCCAACUGUCGGCAGUUGGCUUCAAUAGAAGAACAUGGGGCAAUCACUUUAUGGGAUAUUCAAACCGGGGGACGAAUGUACAGCCUGGAGUCGCGUGGAAGUUGGGUGUGUGUGGCAUUCUCACAAACUGGAGCGAAAUUAGCCACAGGCUCCCACGAUGCAGUACGAGUGUGGGAUGCCAGUACAGGCGUGCUACAACAAGAACUAAAAGGGCAUAAAACUAGAGUCACGGCAGUCGCAUUUUCACCGGAUGAAAGACUCAUAGCCUCGGGGUCCAAUGAUGCAAAGCUCUGUUUUUGGGAUUUGGCAAAAGGUGACUUAUGUCAAACUCUGCAGGACUCUGGAGCUAUCAGCCAGGUCGCGUUCUCCACAGAUGGGAGACUUGUGGCCUCUGGAACCCUUUCUCAGACCUUUCGUCUGUGGGAUAGAGAAACGGGAAAUUCCAUUUUUACUUCCAACUAUCAUGCGUGCCAUUAUCGGGCCGGGAUAGCCAAUUUACGCUUUUCAAGCGACAACACAUACUUGGAAGCAGACUUUGGAAAGCUUCGUAUCCCUUCCGAUGAGGCGACCGACUCCUCACCUAACCAAGGACGAAAUGUGAUAUUGGGAGAGCAAUGGCUGCACAUCGGGGACAAAAGAGUUCUCUGGCUGCCAGUGGAGUACCGACCCAAAGUAUCGGCGUAUUACAACGGUACGUUCGCUAUUGGAGGUGGAACCGGCCUGGUUUCAUUCAUCAGUGUCGAUUUGAGUGGAGAAGCAAAUGGCCAUUCUUGAUCUAUUAAGAUGACUCAGAUGUGCCAUUAUUUCCCCUCGACUCCUGUGGACGCUUCGUCUAAUCGGCAGAAAAUACACAAGACUAGACUUUGAGUAUAUAUACGAUGGGUGACUUUUGGACAUACGCUGUACAGUAUACGAGCCUGUACAGUAAUUCUAGACACUUCCAAUACACAACACACCACGAACAAGAUGUCAAACCGUGGUGCCCUUAAGCGCAGUUAUACACACUUAUAAUUUGUUUCACAGCUCCGCAUCUCUCCUGUAUAUAGUUUCAAGUGAUAAUGAGGUAACAUACAAUACAGAUAUGAUGCCAAUGUAAGUGAAAAUACACUGACGCAAUGCCAAAUAUUGUACUUGAUUUGUGGUAUACCAGAAAAAAACUUUGCCUUUAAAAUGGGCAGUGUUC